AUGACGCAGUUAUUUACCUCUUCGCAUCCGUCACCCGUGCCGUCCGAAAAGCGCAACUUCCAUGGCCUCUCCCUUUCUUCCAAGAAACACGGCAACAACAAUGUCAACAACGGCAGUAACAAUAACAAUGAAUCCUCAACGAAUCACUUUCCAUCCAAAAUCAAGAACUUCUUCCGCAUCAACUCUUCAAGUAAUGUAGGGACGAACAAUGGCAACAAUUCGGACCGGGAAGGCAAGGACAACACCGGUUCCAACACCAGUCUUCAAAAGGGUGACUCGAAAUCAAAUUCCAAACAAUCUCGGUUUUUGCCUACUAUUGGUCGCAAUCGCUCGACUACCGUCGCAAGUGAAGGCAAUCCCUUAGACGACAGUCUCUCCCCGACAGCUCACGCCAACCCUUACUUUGCUCAUCAGGGUCAUCCCGCGCUUCGCCAUCGCAACGAGGGCUCCCUUCCAUCCACACCCCCUGAUGUACCCGAACUACAAGUGCAAGGAAUUCCUGCGUCUGAUCAAGCGACAACUGCCGGCAAGGAGGAGUUGGCACGCAAACUUCGCCGAGUAGCCUCUGCACCGAAUGCUCAGGGUCUCUUCGCCGAUGACAAGUCCGGAGAGCGGCCAAAGACAGCAGAAUUAGGUAAAGAGCCGUUGGUAGCAGAAGGAGGUAGCCAGACCAAAGUCGGUCUUGCGGAUUCGUCGGACGAAGCGCUUGCCGUUCCGGGUGUUGGACCAGAUGGGAAGGUGCCUCUUCCGGGUCAGAUUAGAGCGGCGUCCUCUGGCGCGUUUCGAAGAACAUACAGUUCAAACUCGAUCAAGGUGCGCAAUGUGGAGGUUGGUCCAGGGAGCUUUGACAAGAUCAAAUUGAUCGGCAAGGGAGAUGUGGGCAAGGUCUACCUGGUCCGAGAGAAGAAGUCCAACCGUCUCUACGCUAUGAAAGUGUUGAGCAAGAAGGAAAUGAUCAAACGUAACAAGAUUAAGCGGGCACUUGCUGAACAAGAGAUCCUGGCUACCAGCAACCAUCCCUUUAUUGUAACGCUAUAUCACUCUUUUCAAUCAGAGGACUAUUUGUACUUGUGUAUGGAGUACUGCAGCGGAGGAGAGUUUUUCAGAGCUUUGCAGACUCGACCUGGGAAAUGCAUCCCAGAAGACGAUGCCCGGUUCUAUGCGGCGGAGGUGACGGCAGCUUUAGAAUAUCUCCAUUUGAUGGGAUUCAUAUACCGCGACCUCAAGCCUGAAAAUAUUUUACUACAUCAAUCCGGUCAUAUCAUGUUGUCUGAUUUCGACUUGUCAAAACAAUCGGGACCAGGGGGAGCGCCCACGAUGAUUCUAGGACGCAAUGGUAAUGGACCUUCAUCUUUGCCGACAAUUGACACGAAAUCGUGUAUUGCCGACUUCCGAACGAACUCGUUUGUUGGAACAGAAGAAUACAUUGCGCCUGAAGUGAUUCAAGGCUGCGGUCAUACCAGUGCUGUCGACUGGUGGACUUUAGGGAUAUUGAUAUACGAGAUGUUAUAUGGUACCACGCCGUUCAAGGGGAAGAACCGUACUGCGACAUUUUCCAACAUUCUUCGAAAUGAAGUACCGUUCCCUGAACACGGUGGAGCACAGCAAAUUUCUAGUCUAUGCAAGUCUCUUAUUCGAAAGCUGCUUAUCAAAGACGAAACGAAACGACUUGGCGCGAGAGCAGGUGCCUCUGAUGUCAAAACACAUCCAUUUUUCCGAAAUACAUCAUGGGCUCUAAUCCGACAUAUGAAACCACCUAUGAUCCCUCAUCAAGGACGUGGCAUCGACACUAUCAACUUCCGCAAUGUUAAAGAGAGCGCUAGUGUGGAUAUUGGAGGUUCGACUAGUAAAAUGCCUGGUGUUCCAUUAGACUCGGGUCUGGCUACCCCAGGUGGUGAAAUAUCUGAUCCUUUCGAAGAAUUUAACAGCGUCACUCUACACCAUGAGGGCGACGAGUAACGACCGUUGCGCGGAUUCUGUUUCUAUGAUCACGAUGUCGAUUGUGUUUACAGAAAAGUUUCUUGACGACUGCAACUAUAACGACUAUUUGUCUUUGAAGCUGAUUGGGGUUCUUAGGUGUUGACGGAGUUUGGUUUAUUGGCUUGAUUGAUUGAUCACAUGGGCUUUUGCUUUUCUUUCCAUCUUGCAUUGCAUCUGCUUGUCAUGUUUCCGCUAGGAAUUUGUGUUUAAAUGCCUAUCGUAUUUGGUCUAUUUUCUGCAUGUCUCUAGGAUAUGCAUUCUUUUGUAUGAUGUUCAUAUAUUGCUGAUGUCUUUACAAGCGCAUACGAGAGCAUUAAGGGGA